UCGCCAUGGCAGUCUAAUAAUUUUUUGUUUGUUUCUGAAAAUAGUAUUUUCAGGAAAAAUUAAAUACUUUUUCCACUGAUUUUGGCAGUUGAAAAUAUUAAUUAUGGUCUAGUCCGGUGUGCACCGAUUCACAAUGGAUACAAAUUUUCCUAGACAAGGUUCAGAGUCCCGAGACUCAGACGAACCUGUACCACCGGGGACUUCUUCAUCCGAAUUAUUACAGAUCCCCAAAAUGGCGAGCUACUCCCCAGUUCAGACUAAGGUUUCGGCUAAGGGUGUGGAGAAUGCAAAGAAAAGGCUCCGAGCAUUCUCAAUACAGAAGAAAGCUCCUUUGGUUCCAGUUCAAUUGGCUAAACCGGUUAGCACAGGAAAUGCUACAGUUCUCAUUGGCAAGUUGAGCAAUGUGAAGGUGACACCCAGGCUUCCCCCUCCUGAGGACGAAAUGAAGCCUCCCAAGCCGCCCAAACCUGGCACAAGUAAAAAGAAUAUGCAAGAAUAUACAGAUAUUCAAAAGAAGACACUUUCCGAAAUCGAAAAUAUGAAGCGCAAAAUGGAGUUGGUGGAAUUGGGUAUUCCGCUCGGCCUAAUUUCUCCUCAGGCCACUGAAAAAGCAAUGCCUACUAAGGCAAUGCCUCCUAUUAAGACUUUUUUAGAUUCAGCAAAACUGGAUGAAAUCAUUCGAGAAGCGAAAAAAGCCAAAGCUGAAGGUCGGGAAUUUAAAUUUGACUAUCAAAAGUUUGUACCAGAUUAUGAUAAUCCAUUUCAAAGAAAGAAAGAAGAUCCUGCGCAACACCAAUUUCCAGAGAAGAAAGAAGACGAUGCAAAGAAGAGUGAUAAGGAUAGGAGAAAGAGUGACAGGGACAGAACUUACAAAGAUAGAAGUGACAAGCGGACAAAUAUUGGAAGAGACGACAGAGAUAAGUAUAAAGAUGAUAAGCGAUUUAGAGAGCGUGACAAGGAAAAAGAUAAUCGGGAGAAGAUUAAUAGAGAUAAAGAUGAGAAACCUAAAGAUAGGGAUGACAAACAUAAAGACAGAGAUAAGAGCAAAGAUAGUGAAAGAAUAAAAUCCAAAGAUGACAAGAGUAAGAAAAAAGAAGAAUCGAAAAAAGACAAAAUUGUAGAGAGAGUUUCGGACGCUGUAAAUGUUAAAGAAACUGAUGUCAAUUUGAAUGAUUUCGUUGUUUGUGAUAGUUGGUCUUUAGAUAAUGAUGAUAAGACCUGCAGCCCACAAGUCGAAGAUAAAGAGAAGAAUAGAAAAGUAGCAACAGCAGAUCUAGUUAAAGAAGUUAAGAAUAUAGAUCCAAUGGACCAAUUAAGGCAAAGUCUAAAACAAAAGGAAAAAGCAGUUGAUAGUCCAAGAGAAGUGAAAAUUGAGAAAUUAAAACCAGUAAUCGAUUCCUUCAAAUUCGAAAUUGAUCCUAACGAAGACGAGGAAGAAGUAUUAGACAUAUUUGACGAAGGCUUAGACAUACAGAGAUUCGCCAAAAAGAAACCCAAUAAAAAAAAUAACAUGUAUGAAUCACCUAUGAAAUUCGACUAUCGGGACAAAGACGAAAUGAAUGAUGAUACGUUUUUAGAGUCUGUUAUUAAUGAAAUUAAGCAGGAACAUGUUUCAGAUGAGGAAAGCCAUGGUUUAGUUGAAUAUGAUUCGCCUCAUAAAGAAGCUAGUGUAGACUCUGUUACUCCAGAGAUAGAUAAUAAAAAUAAAGAUCGCAGUGAUGCCUCGAGUGAUUAUAAAUCAAUAGAUAGUAGGAAAUCUAUGGAAAGUGGGUAUAAAUCAGAUAAUUCAUAUAAAUCUGAUAAAUCUCGAAACAGAUCCAGUAGUUUACGAUCAUCGAUCGAGAAAGAAAUAGACCGAGAUCUUCAGAAUAAAAUGACGGAGUCGACAGUCGAUUCUUUGGAAACUUGGAGUUUCGUAAUGAAAAUCUGUCAACCUUUGUUGUUUAGGCAUGAUAAAAACAAAUGCUAUAGAGAAACUCGCACAAAACCUAAUAUAUGGUACACGGAGAACCCAAAGUUGUGUUCAUGUGUGAAAGAUCGUUUGGUGGUAUAUGAGGAGUUAGAGAUGUGCAAGAUGGGACUUGUCAAUAACAUCUAUGGGAGUGAAAUGUCCCCCGAAGUGCCGUACCCUCCCGCACGGGGCUGGUACCCCCGUGUCAACGUGUGUCUCUCGGAAAGCGUGACCUUGCCUCAUUCGAGCGAUUGGGAAAUCGAGGACAGCCAUUCCAAGCCUGAGCCAAGGACAUCCAACACGCCAGACAAAAGUGAGGAAGUUUUGUUGGACCUGGAAUAUCAGAAGUUCAUGGAAGCAGUAUGGCCCGAAGCAGUAGACGCGGAAGAUACUGGUACACCUGGCAGUACAACACCUGUGAAGCAGCAAAGCAGGAAAAAGAAGAAAGAAGACGAUGAUGAACGUAAGGCGAAGAAGAUGAAGAUUAGCAGCGGCUGUUGGAGCCAGGAGUCGGAAGUUGAGGAGGAGGUGGAAAAAAGCAAGAAGAAAGUAGACAAAGAAAAGCCAGUAGAAAAGAGAAAGCGCAAACAGUCAUCUUCUUCCACUUCCACCGAGUCCGACAGCGUUGAAGAAGUCAAGAAAAAGAGCAAGUCGUCUAAGAAAAAGGCCAACAAACUAGCCAAACUAAAAGCAGCUAAACGGAGACGAAUGGAGAAGAAAAUGCUAAAGAAACUCAAGAAUAAGAAGAGGAAGAAUUCAAAAAUUGAAGAAGAUUCACCACUCGACGAUGAUAUAGAUAAAGAUGAGGAUAGCUCAAUCGAAGAAGCAGGUAUUUGCUUCACUCACGAAAUUUUCGAUAUAGUUCCUCUCGAAUCCAAUGAAGGGAAAGGAGAAGAUGCAAAGAAGAAAGAUAAAAAAGUGAAAAAGAAGAAACAGCUGAAAUUAAAAAAGAAAGCUGGCAAGAAAAAGAAGAGAGCGAGAUCUUCUAGCAGCUCUUCUACAUCUAGCAGCAGCAGCAGUUCUGACUCUGAAUCGGAAGAUGAAAAAGUUAAGAAGAAGAAAGAAAUAAUGAAGAAGAAAAAGGACAAGAAGAAAAAGCGCAAACAGUCAACUUCAGAAUCGGCCCAAAGCGACGAACUGUUCGACGUCAAUAUUCUGAACAACAUAAAAACGGAGCGACUUACCGACGAUGAGAAACACAGGGGAGAACAGUUCUCCCCUCACGUCAAGCAUCGCGAGAUUAUUAAUGUUAAGGAACUACAACAAGACUUUAGUACAAACAUCCAAAUCAAAAAAGAAAAAGAAGAUGAACUGAAAAAACCGGAGAUUUCUGAAAGCCAGAGCAGUAAUCAAUCAGAUGCAUCUAGUACUAAACCAGUUGAAACUGAACAGAAAAGGAUUGAACCGAUGGAGAGCGAAGAGACUGAGGACAAGGUAGAGAGUGUAGAGGUAGCUAAUACUGAGGUAGAUUUGAUGAACAGAUUCGAUUUGAACGACAGCCAGGAUUCGACGUACCAGGAAAUUGAGAAAGUCCAUUCAGCCCCUUUGAAGGAACCCGAACCACAACGUCAAGACGACUCCCAAUGUUCAUCCCAAGAGUCGAUCUGCAGCAAGGAGGCCUACGAAAAAGACGAGAGCCACCUCCGGCCCUCAUCGCAGAACAGUAACUACAGCUUCCGUGACGUCAUGGCCAGUCAAGAGGAAAAUAAAUUUGAGGGCUAUGAAAACUAUGAAAUGUACGAACAGAUGGCUAUGGAGUAUCAGAGCGAUGUUGCCAGUCAGAUCUGCGCGGCGGAGGGCUCGAGUGCGGGCGGGUCGCGGCGCAUCGAGACGGUGGUGCGCGCGCGCAGCCGCGGUGAGAUCAAGUGCGACUGGCGCGCCUCGCAGUCGCUAGACGCUGGCCAGGGGCAGCACCACACGCUGCAGCGGCCAUCCAGAUGGGGUUUGAAGCCUGGCGAGGUGAACAUAGUCUUAACGGGCGGUGAGAGCGCUCCCCCCGCACCGCUACCUCCCCUCCCCGCGCCUGAGCCACCCGUCGAGCGCGUCUACCAGAUACAGACCAUCGCCAACCGCACCGACAACUCCAUUGGUUACGAUGAAGCCUACAUGGAUAUGUACGGGGCAUCAGACAGACUCCAAUACGGCGACUGCUUCGCGGAACCGAUCGAGCAGCCCGAGCAAAGUCAUCAUGAACCGCGUUCCAGCUCCCUCGAUGAUAGGAUUAACCGCGCUUUGAGAGAGACUGUGCUCGGUGAAGUUGCGAAAGAAGCCGAAGGAGACAAAGAUGUCCCUGAAAAAGGGAUUCUAGUCACAAAGGCGUUGUCAGUGGGUGAGUCGGGACGCGGUGUGAAGCGCGUGAGCUUCGCCGACGGGUACAAGCCCGGGCAAGACUCCGACACUGAAGAACCGCCGCUGAAAAAGCGCAAGAAGGUCCGGCGCCUGGGCUGCGCGUGGCCGUGCGCCGCGUCGCACCCCGACCACGUGCCGCUGUGGGACGCGCUGCCCCCGCCCCCGCCCCCGCCCGGCUCCCCGCCGCCCCCGGCCCGCGCUGCGCCGCCGCUGCACCUGCUGCGGCACCACUUCCCGCCGCAGCAAUUGUUGCCGCCGCCGCACCAUAUGCCGCAAAAAUUCGAUCCGAACGUGCCACUGCCGGGAUUUAUGCCGCCGGAACCGCCGCCAGGUCUCAUUACGUUUCCCUAGCAGAAGGCCCCCAUCAAGCCUCCGCCUUCGCCACCGAAAGAUGACGACGACAAUUAAAAGUGUUAGUGCGAAACUUAGGAUAUGGGACCAUUCAUAUACUACGUCGAAUAGAUGGGGUGAGAUGCGUAAAGUAUUUUACAGUGUGAUGGCGUUCAAUUCAAUUUUUAGUUUCACUAACAAUGGUAGAAUAACGGUAGUUGUAUAAAUAAAAGUUAAGCCGUAAACCGAAUUUUCACGGAUUAAUUGAUGAAACCAGAAAGAAGAGUUUCAGCACGAUUAAUAUUAAAAUUUUUAUUGAAUUGAUAUUCAAUUCUUUUUAUGUGAAAUUACUCCACUAGUUUGUUAUAAUU